UUGGCAGCGUAUCGCCGCGACCUCAAUUACAGUAUUCAAAUAUCUUCAGGAGUGCCUUCAGUUCCAUCCCUUCGUAAAAAUUGUUUCCAGUGGUAACAUGCUUACAUGAAAUAAGAAAGCAGGCCGUACUACAGCUGAAUAAUGCGGAGAAAACAAAGUCCCAAUGAAUUGUGUAGGCUAGCUAGCCAGCAGUUGCACCAUAUCGACCUUUCCCGAGCGACCCAAAACGCCCAGCGCCAGGUCGUGCAUGGGAAAAGGUAUGCGCGAGGCGAAAGCCUGAACCAUCGGUAUACAAAAAAGCUGGGCGUGUCACUCCGGGCGACAAGAAACCCCCAGCAGACCUUCGGAAUGAGUAAUGAGAAGUCGAAAAGGGAAAGUCGGCCUUGUCGAAAGGCAGUUCAGGCAUGCAUCAAAGGGCAUCGAGCCAUAUAUCGGGCCAAAGUAGUCGGAUCGGAAUGAAAAGCAGCGGAGCGCACCACCGGGAUGCGUGCGUGCU